GAGCCCGGGCUGAACAGCUGCUUCCUGGUUCUCCACGUGCUGCCAGCAGCGCUGGAGCUGCCCGAGCCGGAGCGGAGCCGCUGUUCUCAGCUGCAGCCAGGAUCUGCCCCCGGCCCCGCUGGGAUCCAGACAGGCUGCAGAAUGUUUUGCUCCAGCUCAUCCCAGCCUGGCGUGGGACAGGGAAGAGAAAUGGCUGCAGUGGAGUCAGUCCAGGGGCUGGUGACCUUCAAGGAGAUGGCUAUGUAUUUCACCAGGGAAGAGUGGGCUCUGCUGGACCCCACUCAGAGAGCCCUCUACUGGGAUGUCAUGCAGGAGAACUAUGAGACUGUGACCUCGCUGGGCCAGAGAAUAACAUCCAUGUUUCGCUGCAGAUCAUCUCGUCCUCCCAGGGGCAAGGAAAUGGCUGCAAUGGAGCUGGCUCAGGGGCCGGUGACCUUCGAGGAGGUGGCUGUGUAUUUCUCCAGGGAAGAGGGGACUCUGCUGGACCCCACUCAGAGAGCCCUCUACAGAGAUGUCAUGCAGGGGAACUAUGAGACGAUGGUCUUGCUGGGUAAGGAUUCCUGUCCCUUCUGUUCUUGGAAGGGGAAAUGAAGAGUGAAGGUUCAUGCCACCCCCACAAUGCCAUCUGUACCCUGUCCUGU